AUGGCCUACAUGUCCAUGUCCCUCCAUGCCGUCAACCACCGGUUGACCAACGUGCCUGUCAAGCAACUACCGCAUCUCGCAUCAUGCCUCGCAUCCUCCAUCAGCAAUUGCGGGGAGUUGCUGUCAACUCCCCAAAGCCAAAAGUCGGGCAAGACGGACUCGGACAAUGCCGUUCAGAUUCAUAAGCUCAUCACUCGCUUGGGAAGUCUGCUGCAGGACCGCACGUAUGAAGGUCGCUGGACCGCGGUGGUGCUUGUGAAGGCGCUGGUCGAGGCUGGCCAGUGGGAGAUUCUACGUUCGAGCGAACCGUUUGUUCGGGGGUUGAUCAGCAUUUUGGCUAAAUCCGACCCCGUUUCUACGAAGAAAAUGUGCAUCAUCACCUUGACUCGCAUCUUCCACCUGACCUACCAAUACCCGACCCUCGUUCGCGAGAUCACCACUCCGGCUCUACCAGGCUUCAUCACCUCGGCGCUGAACCUGAUCUCUGUCAAGCCAUCUUCUGAGCCCGUCCGGAGACUCAAGCCGAAUACUCCCUUCGUCGAAGUUGUCCUCCAAGCUGUUAAUGAGCUGAUCGCAAGACACCCGACUAUCUUCCGUCCGUUCACCGCGCAAAUCCACAGUCUCCUUCAGGUCAUCAUCGGAUCCACGUCGCCCACGUUCCCGGAACAUAUCUUGGAAAUCGCUCAGCAGCUGUUCAUCUCCCUCCACAACUGCGCCCCGAAGAACACCGGCGGCGAUGAAUGGAAGAGCGCUUGUCGCAUGACCAUUACCUCCGUGCACGCAGCGUCUUCUUACGUUCUGAGGGCCGUCGUAGAACAGUGGGAAUCCGUCGACCCGUCCCUGCGACAGAUGUCGCAACCGCAGAACUACAGCCAGGAAGUGGGCAACGGCCCUGACGCUCUGGGACUUGAGAGCUGGCAGGGUCUGAAUUCCGGUGUCAACCGGUUGGUUGUGCUCUUGCGCAUGCUUUCUGGAUUCGUCGGCACCGCUACUGCUUCUACCGUGACCAUUCCGGUGGGAGCGAUCCUGGAUCUGACAUCCCGACUGAACAUGGUGGUGUAUCCCUCCGGUAGCAGCGACAUCCAAGCCAACCCCCAGAUUGGCCGCGCGGAGCGCGAGCAGCUGCUCACCGAACUUCCUCGCAUCCACAUCGCAUGCAUGAAGCUCCUCCUUGAUCUGGUCAAUGCCCUCGAAACCAGCGCCAUCCCCGUCGCACAAACCAUUCUGGAGCAGGCAUUGUGGGUUUUCCGCGCGGAGCAGUUCAGCCGGGACGUCCGCACCGCCGUGUACGAUCUGGUCUGCGCCUUGCUCACCCGCAUCGGUCCCUCCAUGACCAAGCAGAGCGUGUCUUCCAUGGCCUUCAUCAUCCGCAAAUGCUGCCACGACCUUCUCCCUCCCACUGGCAACCAGAACGCAGCUACCGAGAAGCCCGACCCCAAGUCGAAGAACAAGUCCAGCAGCCAAGCCACCGUCAACGCCGACUCCUUCCUGAACCCCGGCCUAAAACAAGUCCGCCAGACCAGCUCCUCCUCGUCCUUUCCCGACCUCACACGCGCUGCUUCUGAGCUCCUCGCCGCCACGCUGACCCACACACCAUCCGAAUUCAUGUCCCCGGCCCUCCGCGCCGAAGUCGACCGCACCCUCAUCCUGACCUCAGACAAGAACGCCAUGCUAGCCAGCGUCCUCAACCCCUUCCCCGCCAUGCAAGGCCGUGGCGUCGGCACCAGCAUCCUCCCCUUCCUGGCGCGCAGCCACCCCGCCGAAACGGAAGUGGAAUGCCUCAUCCGCCCGCGCAUGCCUGUGGUGAUGACCGGCUUGACAGCCAACGGCUACGUGCCCAUGGAAGAUGACGACGACGAAGAUGAAGACGAGGCAGUCACCGCAGUCCCCGCAUCUACAGCAACCGGGUUCCUCAAGCCCACUCCCACCCCUACCCUCCAGCACGACGACAUCAUGGACGUGGAGAAGGAUAUCCCCUCCCCACCAAGCAAGCGCAGCUACGCCGAUGAGGUCGAACAGCCUGCGGCACCAACAAUCGCAACGACAAGUCCCAGCUCGCAGAGCAAGAAGCCCCGCUUCGAACCAAAGGCCGCUGCUGUAACCCAGCCUCCUCUGGACGCAGCAUCUCCGGCAACAUUCACCGGCACGGCCGCUAUCUCUGUCCCUACGUCUUCUAUCGCUGGACCGGCCCCGGUGCAGACGCCGAAGCCGGCUCAGUCUUCUAUUGCGAAGCCAUCUGCCUUGGCCGCAGCUGCCGCAGCAGAUGAUGAGAGUGAUGAUGAAAUGCCCUCUUUGAAUGUCGACCCGGAUACGGAAGAUGAGGAUGAGGAUGAGGAGUAGAUGGAUGAUU